UCGCAGGCACGUCACGACCGCACUUGAACUUGCUGCAGCUCAGGGGGCUUCGCUUACUUUCCAUUCCGCUCUUCUGUUCUUCUCCAAGAAGCCAUGAAGCCCAUCACAUGCGUCCUGCCACUACACGCGUCUCUUCUGUACGAUCAUCUAUAAUUCAUUUGGGAUACCCGAUGCAUCGCUGAAGAAGAUUUUUCCUGUGGACUCUCUUAAGACUCUGGCUCUUCCCAAUGUGAGCCCAGCUGAGACCGCGUCCAACAUGUCUCGCCGCAAGCAGGGCAAACCCCAGCACUUAAGCAAACGGGAGUUUACGCUCGAGCCAGUGACGGCAGAUAUCCCUGAAGACGGGGAAAGCCACCCCGGAUCAGAACCAUCCACCCCUAAAGGGGACCAGGACCUUCUCACCUGUGGCCUGUGUCACUCCAGGUUUCCUUUGGCUGACAUCCUAGACUUCAUCGAGCACAAACGCAGGCAGUGUCAAGGACGCCUAUGUAUAGACAAAGGUUCAGACAUGCCACCGUCGCCUCCACACUCAGGUCUUCGAUGGGCCUGCGCCCCUGUGGAAGUGGCUGUUCAGGUUUCACCCCGUGAAGAGGAGCAUUUAGCUUCCACACCGCAUGGAUUACGACCCAAGCAGGAGAAUAUAACAGAAAAAGAUGAGCCCAGCAGCUACACUUGCACAACUUGUAAACAGUCAUUCAGCACCGCCUGGUUCCUGCUACAGCAUGCCCAGAACACUCAUGGUUUCCGAAUAUACCUGGAGAGUGAACCUGGAAGUCCGUUAACUCCUCGGGUGGCCUGUGCUCCAGGCAUGGGUGGUGACUGUGCCUCGCAGCAACCACUGCACACAGCCCACCUAGCAGAUAGUAGCCCCUAUAGCUUGAUGAGGAUAGCCAACAGAGAAGGGUCGUCAGUUCCUAGAGAAGGUCGAUAUCCCAGGACGCCUCCACUCUUUAGUCCCCCACCACGGCAUCAUAUGAGCACAGAUGAUCUUGCUUUGGCCCCCCACCACCCAAGCGCCUUUGAUAGGGUACUGCGUCUUAAUUCAGUACCUUUGGACUCCCCAUCUAUGGACUUCUCAAGACGACUACGGGAACUGGCUGGGAACUCUGCUGGGUCCUCUCCACCCAUGUCGCCCAACCGUCCUAGCCCUAUGCAACGGCUUCUUCAGCCAUUCCAACCUGGGGCUUCUCAUUCUCCUGGAUCUCAUUCAACACCAACUCAACAAACUCCAACCAUGCCAACUGUGAAGGCAAAGUCUUGCGAGUUCUGUGGGAAGUCCUUCAAGUUCCAGAGCAACCUGAUUGUCCAUAGGCGCAGUCAUACUGGAGAAAAACCGUACAAGUGCCACCUGUGCAACCAUGCUUGCACUCAAGCCAGCAAGUUGAAGCGCCACAUGAAGACUCAUCAGCACAAAUCCUCCUCCAUUACCUCCAAAUCUGAUGAUGGCCUUUCAACUGCCAGUUCUCCGGAACCAGGAACAAGUGAUUUGCUAAGCAGUGCCACCAAUGCUCUCAAAUCUGUGGUGGCAAAGUUGAAAAGUGAGAACAAUGGCAUGAUCUCUGAAAAUGGACAGGAGGAGGAAUAUGACGAAGAUGAAGAGGAGGAGGAAGAGGAUGAUGAAGAGGAGGAAGAGGAGGAGGAAGAAGAAGAAGAGGAGGAGGAGAAUGAGAGUGAGGCAGGUGAGAGGAAUGACAUCAUCUUUAGCUUGAGCCUAGAAGGUGCACGUCACCAUGAGAACAAUAGACACCAUCACAACAAAAGUGCAGAGUCAAUUCAUAUAAACUUGUACACACGAGCUGACCACAGAUCACCUAGCAAGAAAGGUGGUGAAGACUCCCCAAAAGAGUCCGACCAAGUUAAUGAAGGAUAUGGACCCACGGUAAAUGGAACGGCCUCGUACCCAAAUGACGACCUCUCUCGAAAACUUCUGGCUGGAAGUCCAGGAUCCGACAGCCCCAUCUCGAAACGCAUAAAGGUCGAAAAAGACUUUGAUCUACCUACUCCUACAACCCCCAACACGGAGAAUGUGUACUCUCAGUGGCUGGCUGGAUAUGCCGCGUCCCACCAGCUCAAGGAUCCUAUCGUCAACUUUGGGGACUCAAGACAAUCGCCUUUCGCCACCUCUUCAGAGCACUCCUCGGAGAAUGGCAGUCUCAGGUUCUCCACUCCCCCUGGCGAGCUAAAUGGAGGGACGGCUUCAGGGCGCAGUGGUACGGGAAGUAGGGCCAGUACGCCCCACUUCCCCACUGGUCGACCCAGCUCCAAGGAUGGCCGCCGUAGUGACACUUGCGAGUUUUGCGGCAAGGUCUUCAAGAACUGCAGCAACUUGACAGUGCAUCGUCGCAGCCACACCGGAGAGAGACCGUACAAGUGCGAGCUCUGUAGCUAUGCCUGCGCUCAAAGUAGCAAGCUAACGCGACACAUGAAGACGCACGGACAGACGGGCAAGGACGUUUACAAAUGUGAGAUAUGCCAUAUGCCUUUCAGCGUCUACGGCACUCUGGAGAAGCACAUGAAAAAAUGGCACAACGAUCGGCCGUUGAGCAUUGAAAUUAAAACGGAGUAGGUGUACGACGUCUUUGCAGUCCCAGAAUAAUAUUUAAGGCACAGCUUCAGAGAAAUAUGCUGGGCAAAAAUUGACGCAAGACUCUGAGCCUCUCUUAUGUGCAAUAACUUAAUGUUUUGUACUUUUCUUACUGGUUGCCAUGUUUUAGUGAGUUAGCUUGAUUGAUAAGCAUUAGUUGUGUUGCUGGUGGUGCUGUCGUUUAUUGUACGGGACAUUUCAUGCUGCAAACAAUAAUUUUUUACAUAUCAUACCUAGUGUUUUGUCAUUUAAGCUUGUAAUCUUUUGACUACCUACAUUCACACUGGGGUUUACAGUGUUCAUAGGGAUAUAGACGAUCUAUAGGGUUACCAGCGAAAGUUUGAACAGUAACAUUUUACUAAAAUACUAAACUUGUUUGAUUUGUUAUUAUUGCUUGUGAAAAAGAGUGCCUUGGGUGUCUUUAAAACAUCUGUGGUUUCUGCCAUUUGCCAUAAGCCUGGGGAAUAUUGUUCAAUGCAAAAUCAGGUUCUUGCAUCAAGUACCUAUUGUGAAUUCACUAAAUGCAGGAAUCCAGUAUAAGUUCUUGUGUAUAUAAUUUACUAUUAUAACCUGUUGUGAUCAUUUAAGUACAAUUCUUUUGUUGGCAUGUUCAUGCCCUUCAGCUCGGAGAGAUUAUAUCUUGUAUUUUGGUAUCAAACUGACUGGUACAUUUGUAAGUUUUCUUUUAACUUAGGGUGUCGAUGUUUCUUUGGGUUUUCUAUUAAGGUUUUUAGAAAGUAGCCCUGAAAAUGUGUUUUACUCGGUAGAUAAGGCCAAUUUAUUGGACUAUACUGAUACAUUUCUAUUUGGUGCAUGGAACAAAACGCAUAUUAUUUAUGUAAAUAUGUCCAUUUUUUAUAGAAUCCAUUUCUUGACAGGGUCAUUCACAAAAGUUUAACAAAUAUCUUUAUAGUCCCUGAAUAAGCUUCUAAAGAGUUGUCAGGAUUGAAAAUCCUUUGAAUUUCAAAUUGAGCUCAGAUUGGCUAGAUAUAGAAAUAGUUUAGCAAGGCCAGUUUUGAUGGAGCAAUGCAGGAAUGUAUUUCAGGACAUUUACACAUUCUUGGAUGAAAGUCUGAACACUUUACCGUUAACUUGCUUGAUAAAGGUUAUUUACAUAACGUUUUCUUGAUAACACUUUACAAUAUGGUUCUAGUCAUUAACGUUUAUUAAUGCAUUAGGUAUCAUUAAUUAAUAAUAAAUUAUGAUUUAACAGAAUUUAAUGCAAUGGGACUAACAGGACUUUGAUAAAUUAACAUUAUUAUACAGGAUUAAUACAUUCUGUUAAAUCAUAAUUUAUUAUUAAUUCAUGAUUUCUAAUGCAUUAUUAAAUGUUAAUGACUAGAACCAUAUUGUAAAGUGUUACUGUUUUCUUUUAAAAAACACUCAGCAGAUUCUAAAGCUAUGACUUUAUAUACACCUGUCUAUUAGUAAAGCACUUAGCCAUGUUACAAAUAUUUUGUGCCCGCCGAGUUGACAUUCAGACUUUUUAUUCUCUACAUUAUCCCAUAGUGAAUUUUAUGAAUAGCACUUGCCACUCAACCUAAAACUCAUUAUCUGUCCUGCUAAUCUACGGGCAGGUGGUUGAGUAUAAAACAAAACCGCUCUCCAAUAGCACAAAAACCUGCACUGUUUUUUGUUUUUUUUGACACCCGAGAGAAACUUCCUCACAUAUGAACAACUUGAGGUGUCAACACAUUUUGUGAAAUAGACUAAGAUUAGAAUUCUCAGUCAGCAAAAAAGGAAAUAAAUAGAAAAAAGAAAGAAAGAUAAAGAAUACUAUUGAUUUAGGAGCUAGAUUUCCAAUUGGGAUAGUGUAUGUUUACUUCUCAGUUAAUAAACUCCAACCUCGCUGCUUAAACAGCCAUGAUUUUUUUUUUUUUUUUUUUUUUGUGCUUUUUGUAAUACUUUGGUGUUUUUAAUAGGAUAUUAAUUUAAAGUGUUCCAUUUUUUUUUGCCACCCACCAUUUCUUGGUGAAUUACAAUGUACAAUGUAAAUACUAAAUGUUAUUGAGAAUUUCUUUUGGUUCUGUUUAUUUCUUUGCCAUAUACAGUUCUUCAGGAUGAGAUUGUAGGAGUACAUUUGACAUUUUAUAGGGCUGAAUUACAGUCUGUCAGUAGCUAUUGUUUGCCACGUCAGUGUGUAGAGAAGAUCUUGAUUUAAAUGUUCAUCGAGAGUAGUCAAGAUAGUAUUUAUAAUAGAGGCUAGAAUUCCAGACUAUUCCUUGUUCACUUUAAAGGUACAAAAAUACCUGUAGUAGAAUUCAACAUGCUGCCACCAUUAUUUUCUCCACAAUUUGGCAGGAUAAUAUAGUGUGAAUUGUUUUAAAGUAUGGAUCUUGAGUUUCUAAGAAAAGGCUAUGUGGGUUUACAUGGAUAAAAGGCUAUACAAUGGUCUGUUGUACACAAUCCUCUCUGACCUGUCACGAUGACGAGGAACAGGUGCUUAUUAUCUCUGGCCUUUGGAUAUGCAGUAAAAUUUGGUAGUUAGUGGGUUUCCCUCUUUAUUUUGAACUGUCCCUGUUUUUUCCCACUACCUGAAACAUUCCAGUCAUCUUUGAAAGAAUGGAUGUCAUAUGCAAUGAAUCAAGAGUCAAUAAAUACAUUUAA